AUGAACACCAAGACAUCUGGAUGGGAGUACAGACUAAGCUCGGAGCUAUCAAGAGGCAGCAACAACGGCAACAAUGGUGACGGUAAUGAUGAUCGACUGAUGACUCCCUCUAGGAGGUCGAGUCGGCGAUCUGGAGCAGCCACGGACCAAAUCGUGCUCCAGCGACAAAGUGACCAAUUGGAAAUCAAAACCGGCGACAACAUCUUGGUGACGUCAGAAGGCGAAACCAAUAUCGGAAUGAUCAAGGAUAUCCGAUUUGGAAUCAGUCAUCCGUACGAAAUCGUUGUGAUCUGGUACAGCCGGGUUGAAGAGAUUGAAAACGUACCGGACACCAUGGAAUUUCAGCAGAAUGAGCUACUUUUAACGCCAUUUUUCGAUGAGAUUGAAUUGAGCGACGUGGCAGAUACCGUCAAAGUUCUAUCCGAAACUGAGUUCAAAGGCAUUACACUUGAUGACUCCACCCAGAACAUAUACUUGUGUAAAAGAGCUACGGACGAGAAGGAUAGAUUUAGCGAGGUGUUUGACUAUACUGAGCUCGUCCAAAAGUUUUCUGUGUCUCCAGACCAGUUUAUCGACAGAAUCAAAAGCAUGUUGCUUAAGAAAGCUGGAGGAGGAGAUGCUGCAACCAAGAUGGAAAAGAGCUUCAAAAAAACCAUUAUCUACAUUCCGAGUGACGAUGAUGAUGAAUCUGAACAUGAACUUGAAUCUGAACCUAAAUCUGAAUCUGAGUCUGAACCUGAAUCUGCAUCUGAAUCUGAAUCUGCAUCUGAAUCUGAGUCUGAAUCCGAACCUGAACCUGAACCUACGAAAUACAAAGCACCGAUUGAAACUCCCCUGAAACGCAAAGCCAAAGCAGAGUCACCCGUUAAAAACACCGAGAUUGACGAGAUCUACUCAGUGGUCACCCCCAGAAAGAAAAUGAGAGUCCUCACAGAGAAAAGCGCGUUGCCUGUGUUCACUUCGCCGUCGAAACCUCUACCGUUGGAUCUGAUUGACACUAAAUCGGAAGCAUUCAAACGGCUCAAAGUGAGACUACACACUUCUCAGCGUUUGGAUUUUUUGCCAGGACGAGAAGAUGAGUUCAUGUCCAUUUGGGCUAAUUUGGAAAGUGCAAUCAACGAAAGCACUGGAUGCUGCAUUUACGUCAGCGGUGUGCCGGGGAUGGGCAAAACAGCCACAAUCAAAGAAGUUGUUCGACAAAUGACCGAGCUUGCAGAAGAGGGACUGAUGAGAAAGUUUGAUUUUCUCGAAAUCAACGGGCUUAAGCUUUUGUCUCCAACCGUUGCCUACAGCAUGCUAUGGCAGCACAUUACCGGUGGUGACCGUGUCUCCGAAGCCAACGCCGCUAUUCUCUUGGAAGAGUAUUUCAAAAAAAGAGACACAAACAGGGCGCCAUUUGUGAUAUUGAUGGACGAAUUGGACCAAAUAGCCACCAACAAGCAAAAUGUCAUGUACAAUUUUUUCAAUUGGCCAACGUAUAGCACUUCAAAACUAAUCGUUAUUGCGGUUGCAAACACCAUGGACUUGCCCGAGCGGAUGCUUUCCAACAAGAUUUCAUCGCGAAUGGGGCUUAGAAGAAUCCAGUUCAAGGGUUACACUUUCCGUCAACUAGGCGAUAUUAUCAAGCACCGAAUAGAAGAUCUCACCAAGAGCAGCAAACACAAAGUUACCGUUAGUGAGGACGCCGUCGGUUUCGCCUCGAGGAAAGUUGCCAGUGUGAGUGGAGAUGCACGUCGAGCGUUGACUAUCUGUCGACGCGCAGUCGAGAUUGCUGAGGCUCAAUACUUGAACGAGCAGCGUGAAGACAAUACCUACCAAGUGACCAUCUCACACAUUUCCCAGGCUAUCAACGAGAGCUUGAACUCACCGUUGGCCAAAUACCUCGCAGGCUUACCAUUUGCUUCGAAAAUGUUCCUAGCUGCACUAUUGAGGCGUUCGAGGCGCAGUGGCCUCGCGGAGAAUUUAUUGGGCGAUAUAAUUGACGAAAUGAAGAAUGCAAUGGUCAUGUCUACAACCUCAAACCCAUUUGAAACGGACAGCUCCAUGUACGAGUUGUUGCACACCGAAAACUCCAAGAUAAAUCUCCGAGUGAAUAACUUUGCAUUCAUCGUGAACUCGCUAGUUGAAGCCGGUGUGAUUAAUCAACAAAACACUUUCAGCGAGAGAAGGAGAAUCAUCCUGUUGAGUGUUAGCGAGGAGGAGGUGAUCUCGUCGAUGAAGCGGGACAAGGACAUUUCGCAAUAUUUGUAA